AAACGCCCCCACCCCGUCCCGGGAAACUAACUUCAAAUAACAAAUGUGAGAGACUCGGCAGUCCGACACUCACUUACUUCUCUCUCAGAUGCAGAGAGGUUGCGGGGAACUUUAGCUUAGCGUCCGCAUAUCCAUAAGACUGUAUUAAUUAUCCCAUGACGAAUGAAAUACUUACGUAAAACUAUUACAAUCCUGUAGUUUGCGUAUUGACAGCCAGCUGAGCCGAACAGGUGGCGCGUUUGUCAGUGUUUAGUAUUAGGGACAGGGACUUAGAUGUCCCCCUGAGUAACGGUAGAUUUAGAGAACAACAGGUUUUGUUCAACAGGCGCAGGGAUGCCCGACGCUGGAACAGACAUGGGGAUGGAUAGCGGGAGGAUUUUGGGGAUGAAAGCUCCGGCUCCCGCAGCCACCGAAAACACCCCUCCUUCGUCUCUGAGCAGCGGUCCUCCAGGUGACAUCCUCCGAAACUUUUACCACACGAAAAGAGUUGGGAAUUAUCUCAUCGGGAGGAAGCUGGGAGAAGGGUCAUUCGCCAAAGUGCGAGAGGGACUUCAUGUGACCACCGCCGAGAAGGUGGCAGUGAAAGUGAUUGACAAGAGGAAGGCCAAAAAGGACUCGUAUGUCACAAAGAACUUGCGGCGUGAAGGACAGAUUCAGCAGAUGAUCCGGCACCCCAACAUCACCCAACUGCUGGACAUCCUGGAGACUGAGAACAGCUACUACCUCGUCAUGGAGCUCUGCCCUGGUGGAAACCUCAUGAACCACAUUUACGAGAAGAAAAGGCUGGAAGAAAGAGAAGCCCAAAAAUAUGUACGCCAGCUAGUCAUGGCAGUGGAGCACCUGCACAGGGCAGGAGUCGUUCACAGAGACUUAAAGAUUGAAAAUCUCCUCCUUGAUGACCAGGACAACAUAAAGCUGAUCGAUUUUGGACUAAGUAACUGUGCGGGCAUUCUGGGAUACUCUGAUCCCUUCAGCACACAGUGCGGCAGCCCAGCAUACGCCGCCCCUGAGCUUCUCUCAAGAAAGAAAUACGGGCCCAAAGUGGAUGUCUGGUCAAUAGGGGUGAACAUGUAUGCUAUGCUCACCGGUACCCUACCAUUCACCGUGGAGCCAUUUAGCCUGAAAGCCCUGCAUCAGAGGAUGGUGGACAAGGAUAUGAACCCUCUACCUCCAUCGAUUUCUUCAGCUGCCACCAGUCUGCUAAGGAGACUUCUCGAGCCUGACCCCGACAAGAGACCCAACAUCCACCAAGUGAUGGCUGAUCAGUGGCUGCAGUUGGGCAACCCUCACACUGGAGUUCCUUACUUAAAUAGGAUCCACAUUGAGGAGAUCAACCACACGGUUCUGCUCCACAUGACUGAGAAAAUGGGCUACAAACACAGUGAGGUUCUGAGUGCGGUGCUCACUAACAAAGCUUGCCACACGCUGACUGUGUACUUCCUCCUUAACAAGAAGAUGAAGAGACUCUCAAAAGAGUACAGGGAGAAAGAGUACAACAUGGAGUCGGAGAAAAGAUACGAGCUAUUCCAGACGCAAUGGAGGAAGCACGUUGAGAAGGUUACGAUUCCACCCAAACAGACGCCCGUGUAUCUCGCUGUAAACAAAGGCCCCACCAAGAAGAAGCAACCUAGAAAUGGUCUUCUGAAAGCUGUGACUGGAGGUUUUAAAGAUGUUUACUCAGGACGUGGUGGUUGCAUCACCUCCUCCUCUCUGGAGUACAUGGAGAUCCACCCCCUGUACCCGACCCCACAGACGACCCCACAGCCGACUCCACAUCCGACCCCAACCCAUCCCACACCCGAGACCCAGCCGGCCCAGAAAGACAGCUCCAAAGAUCGCUCAAAAGCUGUCAACCCCUCCCCACGUCCACCGUCCUCCCUCGGCUCUCAUUCCUGGGCUUCCGCAAGAAAGGAACUAAGCGAAGACCCUCCUCCGGCGCCAUGGUUCAAGCUGACCAACGGACAGCUCUCUCCGCCUCGACACGUGUCGGCUUUUCAGCCAGAAAGCUCGUACUUGAAGAAGGCUACGAUCCCCAGUCCGCCUGUUCUCAUCGUCAAACCUCAGCCUAAGAAAUGUGCUCCCGCUUCAGAUUGGUUGAGCUCCUCAGAUUCAAGCGGGAGCCCGCCCAGCAGCGGGGCUAGCGAGGGACCCGACAGCCCUCAGCUCCGCAUCAAGUUCCCUUCCAUGGGCAUCGGGCAGAUUUUAAAGAAAAAAGUGGGGCCCUUCAACUUCCAGCUGCCCCAGUUCAAGCCAGAGCGUGUGGUGGAAGUGGAGUCUCCAACUCCCUACCAUAUGCAAACUCUGCUCUGUGCCUCAGGGGCUCUCAAAACCCUGUGCUGAGGAGAACUUUUCGAUUAUAUUAAGUCAGAUGUAUGCAGUAACCAACAAUGCUUGCAGUUUGUACUGCUGGGCUUCCCACACGUAGAUCAGAGCCCACGGGGAGGUUUUUGGCAUGUGUCAUACACAUACCUUGAGUGAAGGCUUGCAGAGACCAUAUAGGCUCUGAACACUGUGUAAAGUUAGAUCUUGAGGUUGCACAGCCCCAGGACAGCAGACACCGAACGUCAAGUUCACAUGCAGCAGCACGUACAACAUGCUUCUUAGUCUAAGUGCCAUGUAGCAGCUAAGCCACAACCUUUAACGCACAAAGCUGUCACUGCCCACAAUAAUGUGUGUACUAAUAAGACUGUUAAUGAACGACUGGAGGGGUUUUUGAUCAAACAAUAUUAGUGAUUUUUAAACUCUUACUUUAUUCAACCUCAAAUUGUAAUGACGCUCAGGUCAACGAUGCUAAACUUUUCCAGUAGCCUCACUUUUAAACCUGUAGUCAAACUGUCAAUAUUAAAUGGGAAGAUGACAUUCCUCUUGCUUUUCCUCUUUAGGGGAUUGCUGGCAUUUUGUAUAGCCUUAACUAUCUUGCGUUCAGCCUUUGGCUGUACUGAAAGAUUUUCAGCGUUAUUUGAAUUCUUAGUGUAUAAGAUUCAUUACAAAGCAUCAUGUUGGGUGAAAAAUAGAUUGUGCAAUAUUGUGUGUAUAUAUUUGACCAGGGUGGUGAUUCAAACCCGCCUGUACAUAGAACACAAGUGUCUUUCAUUCCAUGUGUUUAGCGGUGAUUCAUGCUGUCAUUACACAUUAGAUUACAAAGCAGACCUCUUUCACAGUCUUCACGUGCACAGAAGGCUAAGCUGUGAACUUUCUGUCUUCAAAUCUCAACUAUUUGCAUGCACACCAGGAUUUUAAAAAAUGUGAUGUCAGUUUUUUGGUGACAUGUCUUUGUACUUUUGUUACGGUGAAGAUGAAUUUGAAGGUCUUUUGUAAGUUUUGUAAUGAUUUGCUUUUUGCCAAGUUGAAAAGAAGAUUUUUUUAAUGCUGUAAAAAAGAUUUUAAUAUUUAUAUUCAAAAAAUAUUAUUUCUGUUCUGAAUUUUCUAUUUUAAAUCGGCAUGUAUUGCUUUUUUGACACACAAAUAAA